GAAACGUGACCGGCAAGCCGAUCAAAGACUCACUAGAUUUUUAAUUUGCAGUAAUGCAUGUCGUAGCUGAAUUCUGGUUGAACGAGAAGAAUAUUGAUGAACAAAAGUAUAAACCAUACAAGAAUAAGACGCCCACUUGGUAUGGUGGGAGAACAACUGUGCCUCUAGACACCCCACCAUGUGGCUUUCAUGGCGAACUUUGCCAGAAAUCUGAAAAAUCUGACAGUAUGUUCACUUUUAUAAUUUUAAUAAUAAAAGCAUCUAUUUAAGCGCAAUAAUAAUAUCACAGCAUAGCUGAUGUGGUCGUGUUAACCUAAUACUUUAUAACAAAAUGUGACUAAAUUUGACCAUACUAUGAUUUGACUAACUAAAUUAAUAUUUCACAUAAAAUAUACAAUAGAAAUCACGUGACUUUGACAACACAGUGACACUAUUAAUAUAUGAUGAAACGAAACGAAAUCUACAAAUUACUUCCUUUCAGAAGUUAUUAGGUGGUGAUUGACCCUUGUGUUCGGCACUGAUUAUAACUUUUCUGUUUCCAGACAUUACGAAGAUUAUUGCAAGUGUCUCUGGUGUGCUAGCUCUGUUGCUGUUAUUGCUGCUCUACAAUAUAUACAGGUAAGAUUUUGGCCAGUCUCAUUUUGGUCAGUCUCAUUUUCACUCGGCCACACGUUGAAAACCAGGCUCUGGUUUAGACUACGAAAAGGAGAGAUCCAUUGACUUCUCAGAGAAUAUCUAUCUAUUUAUCUAGUUUUCGCUAGGCAAAAUUAUUCUAUCAAAAUAUGUCAACACAAAUACUUCGUUUCUUCGUAAUGCUUGUCUGUGAAAAUUGUUACGGGUGCUAAAGCGUCCCAAUGCAAGAGCAUGCGCUUUAGAAACUACUGCAAGUUUUCUUGCACUUCCGGUUCCGUGUAUCCCAGGGCCUAUGAAGAUCGCGAGAGGCCCUGGAGACGAGGAUGGAUCAGUCUAGAGAAAUGUUUGUGCAAGGUUUGCUGUAGGGUACUAAGUCUAUUCUGAUAUGUAUUUAGGCAAUAUUCAAUGGAGAAAGAGCUUCAAAGUUUGAUGUGGAAGAUCGAAUCUGCUGAUAUUUCGUUCGAAGCGCGUCGAAAUUCACAAAUUUCAAUCGAAAGUGGGGUAAGAUAAUAAUGACUUUAUUUAAACUGGAGAAAAAGACCGAUCAGCAUAUUUACAAGAAAUAGCUGGUAUUAACCGGUGACCAGCAUCGUAAAGGAUUUCUAUGGUAAAAAAAAAACACAAAUUACUAUUUUACACUACAUUACUAUUUUACACUACAUAUAUGUUCUUUUUUGUCCAAUAUAUGAACGCUAUUCGUCCGUUUAAGAGCGUUCAAAAGCAGUUGCUCAACGAUUUCUUUUUGUAUUUUUAGGUGAUUGGCUCAUUGAUGCAAGAUAAUCACUCGAGUUCAAGCGAACAGGGAAAGGUACACAGAAUGUUGUUUUUAUACUCCGUUCAUCUGGUGGCGAGCACAACCAAAGGCUUUGUUUUCUUUUUAUUUUUUUAAACUGGUUGAAACUUUGUAUACGUAUGGUUUGAAAACAAAAUAGAAUGCAUUUGAUGAGGUGUUUAAUCUGAAAUGUGUUUCUAUUUGUCGACAAGGCACUGUACGUGAGACCUAAGCCACGAACCAAGGCAGGACUUUGGUGGAAAUAGUGGGGGAGGUGGAAAAAAUUUAGGAGAGAUGCAGCGGUUUAGCUCACGACCCCCAUGGAAAGUUAGGGCUUAGUAGUUACUGUAGAAGGGGCCAAACGCCCGUAUUCUGAAAGCACACUCGCACUCAAUGAGUGGAAGUUCCAUAUUAUUCUGACACUGCAAUCGAGCAACGAAAAAUUCGUUGGCUCGAGCGGGAUUUGAACUCGCAUCUUCGAGUAUCUAGACCGCCGCUCUACCUUUGCUCGAGUCAACGGGGAUUGGUAGCGAGUCUUAUCCAAUUUAAGUGCACGAAAUAUUUUCGUAACGACUUUACGCUUGUCUUAGAGGACGCGCAGUGUUUCAAUUCUAUUUCAGAACCAUCCUCAGAGAUACGAAAAACCAGUUUCAUAUUAUUCUGACACUGCAAUCAAGCAACGAAAAAUUCGUUGGCUCGAACGGGAUUUGAACUCGCAUCUUUGGGUAUCUACACCGCCGCUCUACCCUGAGCUUCUCUCGAGUGUCAUUGCUGUUUUUGAAUAGCUGGAGGGUUAGUGUCGUACCUUACUAUAUGACUACUCACCCUCCAGCUAUUCAAAAACAGCAUUGACACUCAAGAGAAGCUCAGAUUGAACCUCCACUCAUUGAGCGUGAGUGUGCGUUUUAGAAUACAGGCGAAAGUCAACGACGUGACGUAUGCAUGUAUGUUGUGUACAUAUAUGUAUCAGUGUAUUAAUGAAUUAUGACUGUACAACUCAUCCAAUUUUGCCCUUCAUUACAAUUACUACAAAGUUUCUUUCAAAACAUUGCAUUAAAAGAGUAUUUGACACAGAGAUGAAUGGCUAUCACUGUUUCAAUUUUACAGAAGAAACUUUCUUACGAUGUGUAUAGACCCUAAGCAACCAUCAAAAUUUCACUUUGAUCUGUCAUUGAAACUUUCCCAAGGAGAUGUGCAUGACUUUUCAGGUGAAGUGCAAAAAUUUUCAGGGGAGGUUCGCACCUCUUCACACCUCACCUCAAAAUCCGGUCAUGCCGCGAACGUCUGAGUUUGUCCUACGCGUUAUAGCUAGAUACACAUUCUGUAACUGUGAAAUUAUUUCAAUAUUCAGCAUCAAGACUAUGAAAUGACGGACACAUUGUUAGAAAACACUGACGAUGACCCUACAACGGUCAAGUACACCACAGUUGGACUGUUCAAGGUGAGCAGAGAUCGUCUUUUAAUAUAUGACCUGGGGGUCAAGUCCCCCAGCCUCCCAACUAUAUAUUAAGGCUCCAAGACAAAGCAGUAAGAAUAUCUCUUAAAUUCCUUUCUAGGGCAAUUAUGUGGCGAUUAAGAAGCUUUCAAUGAAAAGUAUUAUUUUAACGAGAAAUGUGUUAAAAGAACUAAAUCUGGUAAGAUGUUUAGAAAUUUAGCCCAUUACGCACGUAAAAACGCACAAGUUGUAACAAACCUGCAGCAGACUUGUAGCAAUGCUGUUCCAACAACUUGUCAACAGGAUGUGUUCGCACUGCUUGUUCCCAGCUUGUUGAUAAGUUGUCAACGGCUUGUUGGCUGGCAACUCGCUACAAGGUUGUUGAACUCAACAGACUUGUUAAAAGUUAUAAUACUUUUUGUUUGUGGAAACACCACGUAAAUUUAUUACUGCAAAGCUUUCGAUCCGUAAGAAAUAUUUACGUGGUGUUUCCACAAACAAAAAGUAUUAUAUGUUUUAUCGCCAUGCAGACCUCCAAAAAACUUGUUGCAAGUUGUUCCAACUACUUGUUAUCGUCCUGCAAUUCAACAAGUUGUGGGUGACAACCUUGUAGCAACUCGAUGAAAUAACAGCAUUGUUACAAUUUGUUGACAAGCUUGCUACAAACCUGUUGCGAACACAUCUUGUUGACAAGUUGUGAGAUUUUUACGUGUGUAGGUGCCACCCACUUCGAAACGUCGAAAUAUUUCAGAACAUCAGACACAAACGCUCACGUCAUAAAUUGCACGUUCUGAUUUCUUUAGAUGCGUGAAAUUCGACAUGAAAAUCUCAACCCGUUCAUCGGAGCAUGCAUAGAACCAGGCAAUAUUUGUAUCGUCACCAGUUAUUGUCCGAAAGGGUGUCUACAGGUAUUUUAAAAUCUAUUUCACAUGCAAACAUAUUCCUGUAUGAUAGAUUUGCGCGUGCACGUCUAGUUACCACUGUUCUGACAAUGUAAGCAUAGAAUGGAACAAAGGUAACCCAGUCAUAUUUUCAGUUGCCUAGUUACCACUGUUCUGGUAAUGAAAGCAUAGCAUAAAACAAAGAUAACUAAGUAUUUCAAUUAUGUAUAAGUGAAUUGGGUAUAGCAAACAGGCAUAAAACACGUGUUAGCUGAUUACGUGUUUACGUCGACUAUCAAUCAAUUUUCAAUAUUUCUUUGCAGGAUAUUUUAUUGAACAGAGACGUACGUCUGGACCAUAUGUUUAUUUUAUCCUUGGUAUAUGAUAUUGCAAAGGUGAGCGAAGAGAUGCUCCUUACUGGACCUCUAGGAAGAACAGUUUAUAUAACUGAUAGAGCUAUCCAGUAUAAAUAAAGUUAGUUUAGGUUUCCUCCUGUAGUAACACUGGAUCAAUAAGAGAUAUCCUUACUGGAACUCUAGUAGAAAGAACAGUUUAGAACUGAUAGAGUUAUCCAGUGUAAAUAAAGUUAGUUUAGUUUAGGUUUCCUCCUGUAGUGACACUAGAUCAAUAAGAGAUGAUCCUUACUGAACCUUUAGGGAGAACAGUGUAGAACUGAUAGAGCUAUCCAGUAUAAAUAAAGUUAGUUUAGUUUAGGUUUCCUCCUGUAGUAACAUUGGAUCAAUAAGAGAUGACCAUUUCUGGACCUCUAUACGACGAACACAGCCCAAAGAAUGGCCAUUUUCAACAUAUGUGUCUUUGUUUCCAGGGCAUGACAUUCUUACACAGUACAGAUAUCAAAGUUCAUGGCAAUCUCAAGUCUAGUAAUUGCCUGGUGGACAGUCGUUGGCAGCUGAAAAUCACGGAUUAUGGUUUACCGACAUUUAAAUCAAAACAAAUCAAGCCGUACAGUUGUGAUCAUGCUAAGUAUAGAGGUAUGCCAUGAUAAUCAUUUCAUAACGCCGACCGCGUACCAAAUGCGCGUCGCGAUAAACUUGCAGUAGAAUCUUAACAUGUUGCCAGGAUGUCACUAAAGUAUAAAGAACUAGGGAUAAGGCAAUGGGUGACUCCAGCUAUAGACGAAAUUUUGAUCUAGGCAAGAAGAACGAACUUCAUUACCAUAGCUGGAAAGAGCGUCUUAAGAUGAGUAAAAUUACAAAGUUUGGUUGCGAAAUGUUGUAAAAUGAAGAAAAUAUAGCCCUGUGAAGUUCGCAAAUUUUGUAUAUAUUUGUAUUACGCGCGGGAAAAAUAACCAUUUUUGAGCGGAAGUGGUUUUAUUUUCUUCAUUUUACAACAUUUAGCAACCAAACUUUGCAUUUUCAGAUGCUCUUUCUAGUUGUGGUGUUGGAUUUCGUUCUUCUUGCCUAGAUCAAAAUUCCGUCUAUAGCUGGAAUCACCCAUUGGUUUCCAAACUGCAGUUGACUCGUUUUGAAUUAUUAAACCAAAAUAUAGAAAGGUAGAUAGACAAUUCCUAACACUCAGCAUAAAGGCCUACACUAUCAAUAUUUCUGUGAUAGUUAGUUAGUUAGUUGGUAGCUUCAGUACUAACUCCCCAAAUAAGGGCCUUCGCUCGGAACGUUUGAGAUUAUUAUCUAAUUUUUCCUAGACAUGUUGUGGAAAGCCCCAGAGCUGUUGCGGAUGUCAAACACGAAUGGAAAGGGAACACAGGCCGGUGAUGUGUACAGCUUUUCCAUCAUCCUUCAGGAGUUCCACACUAGAAAAGGACCGUACAGUUACAACCACGAGGAGCCCAGACGUAUGUAUAGAAUUUCGUCAAAUAUUUGAAGAUCGUGAAUGGAAUCACACCAUUUAGUUGACCAAAAAACGUGAAAGUGCAAACCGACAUAUCUGGGUACUACUAUUUCUGCUGUAGCAGUGGACCAAUAAUAGAUGACCCUUACUGGACCUCUAGGAAGAACAGUUUAGAACUGAUGGAGCUAUCCAGUAUAAAUAAAGUUAGUUCAAUUUAGGUUUUCUCCUGUAGUAACACUGGAUCAAUAAGAGAUGACCCUUACUGAACCUCUAGGGAGAACAAUUUAGAACUGAUAGAGCUAUCCAGUAUAAAUAAACCAGAUGAUCUUGAUACGCGGAAAAGUACUGGCACUAGUUGUCAAAUAGAAAUCCAUUUUAUGAUUAAAACAACUGAAUAUCUCCUGUAAUAUACUUUAUUUCGAUUCCAUAUUUUUGUCAGAGCUAUAGUUCUCAUAACUAAACAUAAUUACAAAAUUUCAACUAGUUUCAUAAAGAAUAACGAAAGAUAUAAUUGACUGAAUACAUCAAAAUGGAUUUCUAUUCGGACAACCCUUUCUGAGCGCUGAUUUGCUAAAAUACGAACACGAGAUCACCUGGAAGUUAGUUCAAUUUAGGUUUCCUCCUGUAGUAACACUGGAUCAAUAAGAGAUGAUCCUUACUGGACCUCUAGGGAGAACAGUUUAGAACUGAUAGAGCUAUCCAGUAUAAAUAAAGUUACUUUAGUUUGCUUCUGUAGUAGCCUUGGGGCAAUUAAAAAUAACCCUGAUGAGCUAUCCAUAUACAGAUAGUUUAGUUAUUGUUCUUUUUGUAGUAAGCUCAGUCGGAGAAUAAUAGUGACAAUUAACGGUUUCUAAACAGCUGUUUUGCCUCCUUACCUUACCGUCCCGUUAUCCCAGAUUAUCAGACGAACUAUUCCACUAUGUCUUUUCUUGGCCCAGAGAAAUCUCUAAUACUAAACUACGCUAUUAUUUCCCCCCAGAUAUCAUAGAACAUGUUAAAGCAAUAGAGUUUCCACCCUACCGGCCAGUCAUCCCAGAUCUGAUCGAGAGACUUGAAGAACUGCGUGAGAUGGCAAAGGAGUGUUGGUCUGAUAUCCCGCAGGAGAGACCCGUGUUUGCUGAACUCAAGAAACGUAUUCAUCGUCUGCUCGUUAAUUUAAAAAUGUAAGUGCAAUUGUGGUGAGUAGCGUUUAUUGGACCUCUAGGGAGAACAGUUUAGAACUGAUAGAGUUAUCCAGUAUAAAUAAAGUUAGUUUAGUUUAGGUUUCCUCCUGUAGUACCACUGCAUAUGAUAAGAGAUUACUCUUACUGGACCUCUAGGAAGAACAGUUUAGAACUGAUAGAGCUAUCCAGUAUAAAUAAAGUUAGUUUAGUUUAGAUUUCCUCCUGUAGUAACACUGCAUCUGAUAUGAGAUGACCCUUACUGGACCUCUAGGAAGAACAGUUUAGAACUGAUAGAGCUAUCCAGUAUAAAUAAUGUUAGUUUAGUUCAAGUUUCCUCCUGUACCUGUAGUAACACUGGAUCAAUAAGAGAUGAUCCUUACUGGACCUCUAGGUAGAACAGUUUAGAACUGAUAAAAUAAUAAUAAAUAAAUUUACGUGGUGUUUCCACAAACAAAACUAUUAUAUUUUAUCACCAUGCAAACAUACAAAGAAAUUAGUUUAGAACUGAUCAGGCAGUUGUGAUCUCUCUACACAUUCAUUGCGUUUACAUUAAUUGUACAACUUUGCAGGAAGACAAAUAUUCUGGACAAUAUGAUCUACAUGAUGGAGAAAUACACAGAUAACUUGGAGGAGCUGGUGGUGGAGAGAACAGAAUUGUUAUCUGAUGAGAAGAAGAAGACUGAUGCCUUGUUGGAACGCAUGUUACCAACGUAUGUUGCAUGUAUUUUUGUUACAGCAAAGCAAGAGGGUGCGAUAAUUUGUAGUCGUACCUGACUGGUACCUCAAUGAUUGUUGCCGCGUACUUGAACUAUUUCAAACUUAAGACUCGAUCACUCAAGUGUACUUAUAGUCUUAAGUACACACGCAAAAAUCUCAUAUCUUCUAACAAGUCUGCCAACAAGCCGUCAACAAGUUGUGUUCGCACUGCUUGACCCAAGUUGUCAACAAGUUUGAAAUAAUUUUGAUAUUAUCAGACUUUUGUUUCAAGGUUGUUCCAACAAGUCCGAUACAGUCAUGAUAAAAAAUGUUGUUACAACCUUGUGUCGUCAACCUUGUAACAUUCUUGUUGUAUCAUGGCUGUAUCAGACCUGUUAGAACAACCUUGUAACAAGUCUGAUAAUGCCAUCAAGCUUGUUACAAGUUGGCAACAAGUUUGAAAUAACCUUUUUUGAUAUUAUCAGACUUUUGUUGCAAGGUUGUUCCAACAGGUCCGAUCCAGUCAUGAUAUUUAACAAAUAUAAAACAUUUUCCGUGUUGAUAUACAGUUAUAUCAACAUGAGUGGAAUUGGGAAAACGAGAAAUUGUAUGGAAACACGACGCCCGAAGGGCGGAGUGUUUUCAUACAAUUUCGAGUUUUCCCAACUUCCACGAGUGUUGAUAUAACUAUAUAUCAAUACGGAAAAAUGUUUUAUAUUUUUUUUAUAAUAUAGCAAUGUCAAAAGCCCGAAGGAUGAGAAAAAUUUCCGUGUUUACGAGCGGCGGAAAAUUUCCCGUGUUGACAUUGAGUUAUAUCAACACGGCUCUUAGCCAAUCAGCGUUCAGAAUUUACAAAUGCUAUAUUAUAAAAAAUGUUGUUACAACCUUGUGUCGUCAACCUUGUAACAUUCUUGUUAUAUCAUGGCUGUAUCAGACCUGUUAGAACAACCUUGUAACAAGUGUGAUAAUGCCAUCGAGGGUUAAUUUUGUAUUUAUAUUUUGUCUCUUACAGUUCAGUAGCUGAACAGCUAAAGAAGGGAAAAGCUGUAGAGGCAGAAUCUUUCAAAUGUGUGACGAUCUAUUUUAGCGAUAUCGUUUCAUUCACUGAACUUUGUGCUGAGAGCACACCAUUACAGGUAACACGGUCUCUUACAUAAAAAUCCCACAUAUAAGAACCGAUAAUUUCAGAACCUUUUAGGCUAAAUUUCUUCAUUUAGAUCCCCUUUAAAUAAGAACCUGUUUAGGCUAGAAUGUCUGUACCAGUGUAGGUAAUACCAAUGUGAAAAUGCUGUGCUGAGUGGUUAUAUUACUACCUUAAAAAACAAGCAGAAACUUGACGUUUCGAGCGAAGGCCCUUCGUCAAGAGUUAGUAGCCUUGACGAAACCUUGACGUUUGUAACUCUUGACGAAGGGCCUUCGCUCGAAACGUCAAGUUUCUGCUUGUUUUUUAAGGUAGUAAUAUAACCACUCAGCACAGCAUUUUCCUAUUUUAUCAAAUAGAGUCAAAACUAAAAAAAUUAUAAAUCAAAGAAAAUAAGCUCUUCGCUGAAAUGAAAUGAAAAUGGCCCAGAACCCUGGAAACGUCAUUGAGAUAAAUAACAAGUCUAUAUGAACACAACAACAAAUAAUUGUAUUUCUUCAGUGAAAAUACUACAUGACAAUCUCAACUGCUAGUGACUGUAAGCAAUCUUUUCCAGCAUCGUGGACUGUUAGAUAAUUUGUGCAUAAUUUAUAUAAAUUAUAUACUACACCUACUGGAAAUGAGUCGCUUUUUUCUUAGAAAAUAAGAACUUAUUUAGCCCAAUUUCCUGGUAAUAAUAUAUUUACACAAGAACCUGUUUAGGCUAACUUGGGAAAAUCUAGGUUCUUAUAUGCGGGGUUUACUGUAUAUGAAAACGAUACAAUAGCCAAGAAUGAAACAUAUAUUUACUUCUUGUGCUAAUAUCAAUCUUUUGUAUAUUUUCUGAUCGUUUGUGUUGUUACACUUUUAGGUUGUAACACUGCUCAAUGAUUUAUACACGUUGUUCGACGAAAUCAUCCGGGAAUUUGAUGUUUAUAAAGUACGUUUUAAAUUUGUAAACAAAAUUGGUUUGGUAAACACAAUUUUGAGUGAGUAAAAGGUUGGGUAAAUGAAAAACAAAACAACUCAAGGGUUGGGUAAUAAAAAUUUAUUGUCAUUUCCAAAGCAUGAUUCACUCAAAUAUUGAAGACUAAAAAGCAAUGUCAACAGUCAUAUGUCAGUACAACAUGUAAAUCAAUCAGAGUCACCAUCUUGAUCAUUUUCCGAUUUGUCAGGAGACAAAUGGUGUCUCCAAAGAAAGUACAUGUGCAGACAACAUGAAACUUUAGACUGCAGGAAAUUGCACAAGCAGUUAUCAAACUCGUGUCACAGAAGUGGUAAAGGACAUGUGUGACAACUGAAUGGUAUCCUUUUGUAAAAUGUUUAGCCAGGGGUGGGUGUUUAUUUUUAGUUGAUAUUUGAAGUUGAGUAAAAAAUGUUUUUAAAUUUUUAAUGGUUCCAUCAGCAAAAUUUUUACCAUAAAUAAUGACCGAUCUAUAAUGUACAGUCAAAUUGAGGAUCUGAUGAACAUUGAACACUUUUUCAGUUCUUGACUUCACUAAAUUUUGCUUUCUCAAACAGGUUGAAACUAUAGGCGAUGCGUAUAUGGUUGUCUCUGGGCUUCCUCAGAGAAACGACAAUCUUCACGCGUCAGAAAUAUCCUGUAUGGCGAUACGUAUCAGAGAUUCUGUGCUGGACUUCAAAAUUCGACACAAGCCGAAUCAUAGGUUAAAAUUACGAAUUGGUAUUCACUCUGGUCCUGUGGUGGCUGGCGUCGUAGGUCGUACCAUGCCUAGAUAUUGCUUAUUUGGUGAUACUGUGAAUACUGCUUCGAGAUUGGAGUCCUCCGGAGAAGGUAUGCGUCAUUCGUAUCCACGUUUAUAAAAAAAAAACAUAAUUGGCUCUGUAUAACUAUAAGGGUUCCUUUCCAACAAUCAACUCGGAAUCUCGCUAUGACAGCAUGCCUGUCCUUUCCUAGUCCUUUUAUCAUAAUCUAACUAAGAGAACAGUUUAGGACUGAUAGAGCUAUCCAGUAUAAAUAAAGUUAGUUUAGUUUACGUUUCCUCAUGUAGUGACACUGGAUCAAUAAAAGAUUAUCCUUACUGGAACUCUAGGGAGAACAGUUUAGAACUGAUAGAGCUAUCCAGUAUAAAUAAAGUUAGUUUAGUUUAGGUUUCCUCCUGUAGUAACACUGGAUCAAUAAGAGAUGAUCCUUACUGGACCUUUAGGAAGAACAGUUUAGAACUGAUAUAUAGAGCUAUCCAGUAUGAAUAAAGUUAGUUUAGUUUAGGUUCCCCCCUGUAGUAACACUGGAUCAAUAAGAGAUGAUCCUUACUGGACCUUUAGGAAGAACAGUUUAGAACUAUCCAGUAUAAAUAAAGUUAGUUUAGUUUAUGUUUCCUUACUGACCUCUUUAGGGAGAACAAAUGAUAGACCUAAUCGAUCAUAUGAUCGAAGCCGUACUAAAACAUAUCUCAUUCAAUCUCGCCUGUUUUCCAUUCCUCGACAUAGCAUGGUCUAUUUUCAAGUAAUUAUUUCUACUUUAUUCCUCCUAGCUCUGAGUAUUCACAUCAGUAAUACCACAAACGAAAUUUUGGAGAAACUCGGUGGUUUCCAAACUGAAGAACGAGGAGAAAUUACAGUCAAGGUAUAAUGUCUGCCUUUCAUGCCCAUUCUUUAUUCAACUAGUAUUGUAUAGAAUUAUAGAUAGAUAGAUGAUUCGUCAUCAGAAUGUUGUCACCAUGUUCCUACGUCGCCAUUUUGAAUCACGUCCGCCAUUUUGAAUAUUUUUAGCUGGGCGAUUUCCUCUCAUGGAACACGGCGACAGCAUUGCAACUGUUACGCCAAAAUCGUAGGCAAAACCAAGAAGUCAGUCUUAUGUAAAGUUUCUAUUCUGUGUUAAUUCAGGGCUCAAAAUAGCGGCCGGACAACGGACAAUGGCCGGCCAAACAUGCCUCUUGAGCGGCCACAUUUUCAUGCCUUCCAAUGUGAUCGCUGACAUCUUGAAUUAAAACAUGAAACUAUGGUGUAUCGCAACAAGUUUCUAAUAGUUUGUUUCACUGUUAGUGUAAGCGUAUCAAUGACCGGUCAAAAACAGACUUUGACCGAGCCAGAAUCAAGUUGAUUGGAGACCUCCCGUUACUUUGAGCCCUGGUUAUAGUAGACCUAUUAAAACACCUCUCGCACUUAUUUUUAGGGUAAAGGAUCAUUGGUGACCUACUGGUUGUUAGCAGCGAACAGCGAUGUUCCUCGUUCACCGCACAGAGAAGCGAUCCUGCAAGAUCUUCAACUUGCCAGACCUAUUGGCCCGCAUUUAAGAGAUGGAAUACUCCAUCACUCCAAUAUGUCCUUGCGGGGGGGAUCGAUACGGGGGGGAUCGUAUCGGAAUUCGCCCGCGAUCCUGAGGAACGGUGGAGGUCACGUGGCUCAUGAAUCUCCCGUGAUGAUUCGCUGGAAAAAGGCGGACGAUGAACUACUAAUGAAUGGUAUACACACCUAAUCGCAGGAUACACGCGUAAAAUACCCAAAUUAUUACAGGCCCGCAGUAUGCUUGCUUCAAGGUUGUUUUGCACUAAACUGGCACAGAGAAUAGCUAAUACUAAAUAGGCAUUGUUCUUAUCUGACUGACUGUCCAUUCUUAGCUGCCAGCGACGGUAGCAGCAUUGUUACAACUUGUUGUCAAGCUUGCUUCAAGCCUGUCGCCAAGAUGUUUAUUUGCGCGUGUAUCCAAGCCAAAUUGUAAAUAUAUGUAUAAUCUACGUUUAUCUGUAUUCAAAGCGAAAUCUUUUAGGGGGAAUCGGAUUGUCGAGUUCUUGUCGGCAGUAUUCGUGAAAUAAGGAAUGAAUACUUGUUUCCACAGCAGCCAGGAUCCGUACAAAACUUUGAAAGUCCUUGAAUGUCCUUGAAUUUGAAAACAAAAAUUCUGGGCCUUGAAUUUGUAAAGAAGUACUUGAAAAUACUUGAAUUCUUCUUGCUUUAGUUUAUAGACGUUUUCUGAAAUUGUUUGACAUUCAAAAACGAACAUCUUGUUGAACUGAUUUUGCAUGUUCAAUGUUCAUAUCUGACAAAGCUGUUUGAAAUUCAUUAAGGUUGCGUUUUGAACAAUAGGUGGUUUCAGUAAGCACUCUCGUGCAACAGAUGGUCCUCAAGCUGCAGUUAUCAGAGUGAGAAAAUAAUUAUACAUGUAUAGUACACACGUAAAAACGCACAAGUUGUAACAAACCUGCAGCAGACUUAAGUAGCAAUGCUGUUCCAACAACUUGUCAACAGGAUGUGUUCGCACUGCUUGUUCCCAGCUUGUUGACAACUUGCUACAAGGUUGUUGAGCUCAACAGACUUGUUACAAGUUGUCCAACUUGUUAUCGUCCUGCAAUAGAACAAUUUUGUCAACAAGUUGUGAGUGACAGCCUUGUAGCAACUUGAUAAAAUAACAACAUCGUUACAACUUGCUGACAAGCUUGCUACAAGCCUGUUGCGAACACAUCUUGUUGACAAGUUGUGAGAUUUUUACGUGUGUAGUCUUUUGUCUGAAAACUAUGAAAUAGAAUUAGGAGAUAUCGAUGUAGGCAAUUUUGUUGCUAUAACUCACUUGAUUUCUGGAGUUCACUGCCAUCUGCUGGCCAGUUAUGCUUUCUGAAAACCCACCAAUUGACAAAUUUUUUUAAAAAUGACGAAAACCAUUUUUGGUCAUGUUAUAUUUAGCGAAAUAUCGGGCACUUCUCGAAGUAUUGGGGCUGCAAGUUUAGCUUAGGACAAUUUGUAUUCUCCCCUCUGUCGCUGAAAUUUCAGUCUUCUGAACUUUAUCUUUAGAAAUGAAUUAGUAAAUUUAGUUAGCUGAUCAGUACUCACACGCUUCAACCAAACUCGCACGUGAUUGGCUAGGUUUCCUUAGCAACGGCGAACAAACCAUGACGUGAUAAAAUUCAGUACUCAUUAGAUGCAAUACGUGUAUUAUCACUGUAAAGCCCGCGGAGAACUCAACGUCGUUCACCGGCCCUUUUUUGGGACAAACCUGGAAAAAUUGUUUCCUAGCCAUGUUUCCCAAAGGUGGACAAACCAGGAAACAUUGUCUCCUAGCCAUAUUUCCCGAAGAUUCGGAAACAUUUAUCCCCCCAAGGGUGAGCAAAAGGUAAUUCCACAUUUGCAGAAACAUCUAAAUAUUUUUUCCCAGGGCUUAAAAUUCAUUGAGAUAUGGUUUGGUUGAAUCGUGUAUAGAAAUAGUUUAUGUAUUUUAUUUGUAAUAUAUAUAAUCAAGGGUAGCGCACUGACUUUUGUACAGAAUUGCACUAUAUAAAUAGUAGAAGUCAAAUUGUACUGUAAUUUUUUAAUUGCACAAUAUAAUAAUAGCAUUGUAGUCCAGAAGACACUCAGAUAUAAUCAAUUCACAAUUUUUAGAGAACUCACAUGCCUAGUUACUAUUGCUCUACGCACGUAAAAAUCUCACAACUUGUCAACAAGAUGUGUUCGCAACAGGCUUGUAGCAAGCUUGUCAACAAGUUAUAACCACGCUGUUAUUUUAUCAAGUUGCUACAAGGUUGUCACUCACAACUUGUUGACAAAUUGAUGAAUUGCAGAACGAUAACAAGUUUGUUGGAACAACUUGUAACAAGUCUGUUGAGCUCAACAACAUUGUAGCAACUUGUCAACAAGAUGUGUUCGCAACAGGCUUGUAGCAAGCUUGUCAACAAGUUGGAACAAUACUGCUAUUUUAUCAAGUUGCUACAAGGUUGUCACUCACAACUUGUUGACAAAUUGUUGAAUUGCAGGACGAUAACAAGUUAUUGGAACAACUUGUGACAAGUCUGUUGAGCUCAAAACCUAAUUGUAGCAAGUUGUCAAAAAGACGUUGACAACUUGUCAACAAGCUGGGAACAAGCAGUGCGAACACAUCCUGUUGACAAGUUGUUGGAACAGCAUUGCUACAAGUCUGCUGCAGGUUUGUUACAACUUGUGCGUUUUUACGUGUAUAGUUGACGAAAGCAUAGAACAAAGGUGACAUAGAACAAAGGUGACUUAGCAAGACCCACUUAUUGCGGAAGACCUUGUGAAUUUUUAUAAAUAAUUUAUUAAUGCCUUUGUGAACUAGCCAAUCCCUGACUAGAAAUAGCGGCUCCAACUAAAAUCAAAUUGAUUCAACAGUCUCAGAGCUCAGCCGAUUACGUCAGGACCCUGGACGCUGAUGAUCCAUGAUUGGUCAUUUUAUGAGCAGUCAAAUGAUUUGUAGAUGUCUGUUUGGUCAGUGUUGUGGCCAAUCAAAAGACUUGUAUAAGACGCUGGUGUUUCCUGAUUGGUCUGUUACUCAGUUUUGUGGCCAAUUAAAAGCCUUGUAGAUGUCUCGUUUCGUUUUCAAGCCUCGCAUAUUCGUGCCAAAUAUUUCGAGUUUCCUUGCUUGACCGUGUCGCCAGCCAAUUUCUUUUUGCGUUGUUUCAGGAUGCGACCUACGGCCCAUAGUUUCUCUUGCUCUGCG